AUGGGAGCGGCUAGCAACUGGGCGGAACGCGACUUCGACAGUCUGCGCCGGACGUUCAAGGCUCUUUACAGCACGCGCAAGCCGACCGGCAAGGCCAACAUCCCGCCGCACAUUGAGCGCGCGAAGGACCUGAAAAGAGCCGUGGAUGACAAGGCAAAUGUCAUUGAGAUGGACGAUUGCGUUAAAGAAGAUAGUGAUGAGGAGCCGGACGAAGAGAACGAAGAAGAGGAGGAACGAGCGAUCGAGCCCGACUUCAGCUUCAAUUAUGAACCGGAUGACACACUCUUCCCCGAUCGUGAUGCUGGAGGAAGCACCGUCGAUAUCGGGACCGACGCGCAGAGUGGUGCGUCCUUAUCCACCUCCACCGGCUUGGAAUCCUCUGAGUGGAUGGUCUGGAAGCAUUUGCACCCACAAUUGAACUCGGUUCCUCCACCGGACCAGCACCAACGCGCUCUCUGCGCUCGGCAGGACUCCGAAGGCGGAAAGCCACCCCGAGCCGCCAACACGACGAAACCGAAGGCCAGGAAGACCAAGUCUGGACAGCGCCCAGACAACCAUGAAGGAGCAGGUGGUCGUGGCUUCAACGAUCUGCAGGCUUCAUCUAACCGUCUCGGAGGCGGUGACUUACGUAUAUUUCGUGUUAGACUCGUAACGAAGCGAUCCAGCGAAGAGGGCGACCUUGAAAGUGCAGAGGCGAGCUUUGCGAAAGGGAAGCGCAUGAGAGCUGUACUGGCUACUGAAGCUCUACAGCAGAAGCUCGCGAAGAUCCAGCAAGCGUCCUCAAGCCUCGGAGGCAGCAUGAUGGAGUUGGUACUGAUCAUGCGUGAAGAAAAUGAGCUGAAAGCCGAAGCUCGUCGAGCCGAAGAAGAUGAGUGUCGGCGUGACGAGCUAUCUGCCCGUGAAGAACGUUACCAAGCUGAAAAAAAAGAUGCCGAGGAACGCCGUCGUCAGGAGAGUUUGGAGUGA